AUGGCGGAUGAAGUUGACCUUCGAGAGAAAAUACAGAAAUACGAGGAAUUUGUGAAUGACAAGUUAAGAACAGAUCUUGAAACUGUAAGGAAAAAUCAAGAGGAGGUGAAUUCAAGGAUCAGUGAAUAUUUACAACUGAAGAGUGUAAUAGAAAACAUUAAAAGUUCUGAAGAAUCCCGGUCAGGGAGAGAAUUAAAGACUCAAGUGGACCUUGGAUGCAACUUCUACUGCCAGGCGCGCAUAGCAGACCCAUCAAAGAUAUUAGUGUUAGUGGGCUAUGGAUUCUAUGUGGAGUUCACAUUGGAAGAAGCGCUUCGUUUUAUAGAGAAAAAGUGCAAUCAAUUAACAAUGCAUAGUCAAAAAUUGGGACAAGACUCUGCUAGGAUCAAGGCAAAUAUUAAACUUGUUCUGGAAGGGCUUAGAGAAUUACAGGGCCUUCGUCCGGUAGAAAAAGAACCUAGGCCUAUUUGGUGAAGGAAGUUUGGGAGCAACUACAGAAUGCAGGGACAAUUCGUAAGGACUUUCAUGGAAGUGGCUUGGUGGCUCCCUAGUAAAGACCAAUGUUUAAAUAACGAGAAAGAUAAAUAUUAAACGUUGUAAAGCGUUAGAUAGCUAUUAAGGUAUAUAGGUAAAAGGGAUGGUAUACAUUUUAGUGGGUUGGUGGCUUGAUGGCCCGUCAGUGGAGGCUAGAGUCUUGAAGAGUGAAAAGGUAUAUAUCUUAGUGGCCCAGUGGCUCAGCAGUCUUGACUAAAGAGCCACAGAGCCACUUGAAUAAUAAGGUCAUUACUUUUUAUCUCACUGACGAGAUAUUGAGCUACUUGAAAGAAUAAUUCUAAAAAAAUGCUCUCUAUUUUGUAGUUAUGCCAAAGAUUGCAGGAAGAUCAUCAUGUCACUACAGUUGAACUGGUGGCCGUUGUGGAGGGGUGGCCGUUAGUAAAGGUUCGACUGUAUUAAGGACUGCACAGGUCAAAACUUCAAGGUGACCAGUUGGUGUGGUGUGGAGGAAAGAAUCAAAAUAAAAUCUAUGGGGAACUCAUGGGUGCCUUGUUUGAUAAAAAGUCAUGCAAUAAAAUAAAAUAUUUGUUUCAAGUUGAAAUGAUAUAUCCAAGAAAAAUUCUUGGUGCCUUGCAUGUACCUGUCAUGACACGCUUUGCUUAUUCACAAGUUCAUGUUCUCAAAAUAGCCACUCCAGAGUUUGAGAUCAGCUACUGUAAUCUAACUACAUUAUUUUUUAGUUACUAUUUUUAUUAUUACACUAAAAAUGCUGACUGUUUUUUGGCCUUUAUUCUUCCUUCUUACCCUCGCCCCCGCUCUUAUCUUUGACCUCUGUUCAGCUUUCAUGUAAUCUGAGAUCACGCUCUAUUUUCAUUUUGCUUGGUUAAUGGAAUUCCAACAUGCGGCACAUAAGGGCAACUGCCAAAAGUAACCGUUACUUUUGGUAGUUGCCUGAUGAUUGCCUCGCAAGAGGCACGAAACUCUGAGUAGCAAUAAGUGUUCAAGAUUUAAUCCAGUUCCAUCGGUCUACGCGUAUUCUGCUCUAGUUCAACUAUUGAGCACUCUUAUAGUCGAUGAGGACGUCACUCUGGUACUUCAUUACAAUCGUUGAUAUUACCUGAUAAGUGUGGUCAUCUUUUGGCCAUGCGAAACAGAGCUAGUAAUAAAACGAUGCACUACCUCUGAAGUCUUGAACCAGUUUAUUAUAUUUAUAUACUUCUCUCUAUAUAUAUUUAUUAAAAACUGAAUCAUUGGAUAAUGCAAUUCUUGAGCUCUGAUUGGCUUAGCCAUCAUGAUAUAUGAGCCGCUAUACCAUGCACUCAAAAUAUGCUAACUGUAUGCGUCUACUCAAAAUUAAAAACAAGCUAAAAAUCGGUUGUUCGUACAAAUAAGGUCGGGAAGAAUUCUAAAAAACUGAAUCAUUGGAUAAUGCAAUUCUCAAGCUCUGAUUGGCUUAGCCAUCAUGGUAUAUGAGCCAUUAUACCCUGCUCUCCAAAUAUAGUAGCAUCCCGCAGGCUAUCCUAAACACGGUCCAAUGUCCUUUGUCCUAAACAAGGUAAUAAAUUUGAGGGUGUUGUCCUUAACAGGGUAUGUAUUUUAGGACUUUUUUUGUCCUAAACAGGGUCAGAGUCUCAAACCUUCAACGGCUCACCUAUACCCAAAUAUUGAUCGAGUACCCCCCACCCCCCUCCUGGGACUUUUUUCUUUGACAGAACAGCGAAGCGUCUAGACUUGCUACAAGUCGACCUGUGGGACUGGAGAUUAAAUCCUCUGGUACCCAGGGUAGACCCACGGCUAUAGAAGGAUUUUGUGGCUGUAAUAUUUUCCCUGGAUAUUUUAAAAGACAAUACUAUUCACAGCAGUUUCCAAGGAUGCAAAGCUCUAAACUUGGCAUGUGAAAGGGUACUAUUUGUCAUUGGAAGGUAAAUGAAAGGGGGUUUUUCCUUCAAAAAUGGUAUAACAAAGCUAAGGGGUUAGACCUCAGGAUGGAGCCUGUCCGUUUAAAACUUUGUUGAUUACCACCCCUCCCCUCCUGAUUUUUCUAAUCGCGUUCCACAGAAACGAGGCGAGUGACCCCUGAACCGUUUGCAUGUGAUCCCAUCACGUAUGUGUUCUGGCCUCACGAAAAACAUCAACAACACUUCUUGUACAACAAAGAAAAUGCUGUAUCAUCGCCCGUCCGCAAUUGGACCUGCGAUAGUUUUGGGGGAUUGUGUCAUUUACAUCACUUAAUCAUGCUCAGUUCUUGACUUACAAGUUUUUUUUUCGAAUUUAUUUGAUGGUACAGAAUUAUUGUGUGAGGCAAAACAGCCGCGUUAAUUCAAGUUGAUAAAUAAUGAUACCAAGAGUUUGCUCCCGUUUCUCCUGGAGUUUUUCUAAAGCCAUCCUUCGAAGAUCAAAUGUAUCUGGCUUGCAUUUUCUACAACGUCGAUAUGUGCACGACGAACCCAAAGUGAAGAUUCCAGAUUUCUCGCAGGAGUUUAAGGGAAUGGAUGCUUCUUUCCCUUGUCUCACGGAACAACCCACGCGGUACGUGACAAUAACAGGCAAAUUGUUCCAUGCUUUGUCUGCUUCACCAGUUAAUUGUUUGCCUUAUGGAAUUCUAUCUACCAUAUAAAAUUUAAUUAUCGCUUCAGCGAGGUAUAUUGUUGGUAGUUUCAUAGUAUUUUAAUUCCUAGAUAUCAGUAUGUGGCGCCUGAUUGCACGUUUUCCUAGUAGCGGUAUUUUCAAGAAAGCCUUGUACAUUUUGGGGGAUGGGGAGGGGGGAGAUAAGGAGGGUCCCACAGAGGUAGGGUGAACCUUUUAUAAAGGUGGAUUUCUACUGUGGUGUAAUUUUUAUUUUUAUGUGGGUAAUAAUAAAAUAGAGGCAAUGUAUGAGUGUCGCAUUAAUGUAAAAGUUGAGUGCGGUUCAACUUUUAUGUUUACAUGUGACCUUUCAUGCAUGCAUUGCCUCUAAUGUAUUUAUGCAUGAAAUUUUAGGGGGCAUACACUCAUACAAAGUAAGUGACAGUGGAAAUCCAUCCUUAUGAAGCGAGGGAAAAUAUUAGACAUCAUUUGGGGACGGGGACUACAUAAUAAGUAGAUGAAGAAACCAACGUAGCUGCUGAUCUGAUAGACUGCUGACAGUCACGCUGGAGUGCCUGGUUUCAAAAUGGGUAUGGAUUUUAUUUAUUUACCAGCUUUUCUGGACACAGGCCUGCCCAGAGGGAAUGUGCACAAAUGGGACUCAGGUCCCAUGGAAGGUGCCAUCCCUACCCAAUCCCACAACCCGUAGAGGUUGGCCACUCCACCGGGGUCUACGACCCCUACUCUUUUCGAAUAGUGAUGUGGGUUCUUUUCCCUUCCACAAGAACAAAUUGGCGAAAGUGCUGUGAGACAGGACCUAUGGUUUUUUGUCCUUAUCUGAGAAGACUAGAAAGUCUAACCAUUUGCAGAUGUCAUUACAAAGGCAGCACUUUCUUCUCAGUUAUUUAAAGACCCUGAGUGUUGGUCCAGCCGGGGUUUGAACCCGCGACCUCCUGCUUGGCAGACCAGCGCUCUCCCAACUGAGCUAACCAGGUGGUGGUUUUUGGGUCGAGGGGCUGUUUCUCGAACAUCCCAGAAAUUAAAUGGCCUGGAAAGCUGUUGGUUUUUACAUUCAAGACCAAGGUUUCAAUAGCUUUGCAAAUAAUAUGAUAAGACUUUAACUUAACAAAACAAAAAGGGCUGGGUUGUUAGUGGGGACCUGGGCUUUUAUUUCUUAGGUCUUGAUUUGAAUAUUUGAUCUCAGGCCUGAAAAAUUACCCUGUCUUUCGAGAUAUGGGCCACUGUCUGAAAAUGGGUUUGGAAAAAUAAAGGGCGGCAUGUUUUAGUCAGAAGUAGGGUCAGGAUUUGGUGAACCAAUAGUACAUACCCACCAAUAACAUUAUUCUUAUGAUUACCCCUUCCUGGGGUAGGAGUGUUGUUUUUACUGGUUGGCAUUCUAAGGAGUGCAUGAAAGGUCUCAAAGAAAAAUAAAUUGCAGAAAAUAUACCAGGAAGAUGUCAAAAUUUUCACGACGUGACAAAUGGUCCUGAGAUGUAAAUAUCUGUAAGAAAGAAUUUGUUCUUCAUGUUAAGUUCUACUUGGCAUUUAAAGAUAUUAAACAGCAUUUAACUGUUCCCUUGGUUUCACUAGGUUGAGUUCUGCUGGUGUUGAUCCAGUAUACUCCAAAAUAAAUUCAGGUUACAAGACAUAUCAUCAUGACCGCCCAUUUUUCUUCAAGUACAAUGAUGGCAUUAUACCUCAGCUAGAAGUUGCAUAUGAAACCUGGGGUGAGUUGAAUGAAGCAAAAGACAAUGUGGUCCUUUUGUGCACUGGCCUGUCUGCUUCAUCGCAUGCUAAGAGUCAUUCAGUAAGUACUCUCUUUUUCACCCAUCAGGUUCUGUCUGUAGUAUGCACAGAUCUGGGAAAAUAAUUUUGCCAGGCAAUGGAUUUGGCUGGUUUGUGGGACUUAACAUUUGCGUCCAUACUGAAUAAUGUUGUAGUUGUUGUUCUCCUAUUAAAGAUUAAGUCAAAAUAAAGUUACAGUAUGUUGAAAGGAAAACUGUUAACAAGCUCCCCCUUCGAUUAUCACCCUCCUUCCUGAAGUGCCCCUCCAUUUAGCAAAAAAAUUUUGAAUAAGUACCCAGGUACUUAUUCGUGGAAAUAGGUUACUCAUGAAUAUUGAAUAUUUAUUGUGUACCUUGCUGUCAUAUACACUGUAAUGCAAAAUUGUACAAUGUAGGUUACUUGAAUGUACAUGUAUUUUAUGCAGGACAAUACUACACCAGGCUGGUGGGAGAACUUUAUUGGCCCCGGCUGUGCUUUGGAUACCGAUAAGUUCUUUAUCAUUAGCUGCAACAAUUUAGGAGGAUGUUAUGGUACUAGGUUGGUAAUUGUCAAAUUUGUUGUUCUUAAAUUCUACAUCAUUUUGUAGCUAACCUUAGGAUGUCUGAAGAUAAUAUAAUAUGUUUACAUAUAGUUUAUUCAUUUAUUAAUUUUUUUUACAGUGGACCUUCAUCAAUCAAUCCUUUGACAAACAAGGUAGUUUACUCUGGCUCUGUUUUAUUUUAUUGUUUAUUAUUUUUGUCGCAACAUGUACCUGUUGACUUGUCAAUUUCUGCUGAUAGUGCCCACCCAUCAGUCAAUCAACCCCUGUAGUAUUUUUCAGUGUUACAAGUAAACAACACUUUUGAACAUACACAUAUUUCUGAAUCAACGUACUAAUAAUUAACAAAUGGUAAAUGGCCCAGAGUGUACUAUUGAGUUAUAGUUGCAUGCAGGAGGUUGCUAUUAAUUAAAGCUUUAAAGAAGCGUAAGAGUUGCACAAGGCAAUAGCCAAGUGCGACUCUAGCUUCUCGAGUGCUUAGCAAUCCUCCCAAGUGCAACUAUAACUCAAUAGUACAUGCUGAGCCAUUUUACAUAAUCAAAAGAGAACAACUUUUAAUUUUGCUCACAAAAAGCAGGAGAAUGAUGUGAGUGCUGUAAUCUGCUCGAGCUAUGGCAUGUGCAAAUUAUUCUUUGCAAAUUCUUUUCUUUCGAAAAAGAUCGUUUUGCAGAGUAAUUAGUUCUCCGUCUCAGUUUUACAUUAUCUUUAGCAUUCUUUUUAAACUUUCUAUCAGUAAUGAAAGAAAAUCUUUGCAAACCAUGAGGUUAAAAAAAUAUAGUUGCGUAGAAAAUAGCGUGUACGGCUUUGAGUGUGCACUAGCUUUCACCACCAUUCACUCAUGGGCAAAAAGUAAAUGUCACUAAAAAUGACCAAUAAGAGUGCUCACUUUAAGUUUGUUAUGUUAUAAUUUUCUUUACAGUCUUAUGCCACAACCUUUCCCCUUGUGAGUGUUGAUGACAUGGUUCAUGCCUUCUUUCUGACCUUGGAUUCACUGGGAAUAGGAAAGGUUUGUGUAACAGUAAAACUGAUUUUUUUCCUUGUAUUUUUUAACCACUUUUUUCUUAAAACAUGUUCCCAAUUUUAUUGGUUACCCCAGGUUCAUGCUGUUGUAGGCGCAUCUUUGGGGGGCAUGUCAUCUCUGAAUGCAGCAGCUCUGUAUCCUGAUAGAGUAGGAAGGUAAGGGUGGUAUUCACUCUGAUAUAACACCAGUGUAGCUUACAAAUCACAACUACAUGUAGCUGACAAGCAUAAUAUCAUAAUUUAUUAGCCAAUAAUUUAUUGUUUUAUACAUUGAUCGUGGGGAUAGGAGCAGUAACAGUAGAACGGAUCCUAGCUGCCAGGCAAGCAGGAAGGAACAGGGCUAAGGAGAUUGUGGCUUAUAAGCAUUAGAGAAAAGAGAGCACUUACAUUAGCUUGAAGUUGUAAGAAAAUCUGAGUAAUGGUGGAUAUGGGGGAAUUAUUUAUAGUGUUAGAGCUUUUAUGCCAGUGUUUGUUACUUACCUGGAGUUUGUAAGUCCACUUACAGUAAAGUACUGCCCAGCACCCCUAAGCUUUGAAGGUGCAGAAGUGUAAUAUAACCAUCAACCAUAAAGGUUUUAUUUUGAUAGUGUGUGAGGCCACUGUCUUUGAUGAUGUUGUCCCACAGGGGCAGCAGGGAGCAUUUCACGAGGGACUUAUGCUAGUGUCUAAUUGGGUGCAUACCUUAUGCCCCUCAGUCCAGUCCAGAGUCCCAGCUUUGUUUAACCCAAUGUCCAACACUCACUCCUGCAUAUGAAAUAGUGCCAUGUAUAUAGUAGUUGUGUGAGGUGUACGUUCUUGCAAUGGGCAGGUCAUUACCUUUGUCUUCUUGUGACUAUCAUUGAUAACGGGUAGGGGUCCACAGGGACUCACAACCCCUAGCACAACCCCUCACAACCCCUAGCUAGCAACACUCUUGGCUCACCUCACCAGCUUUUUAUACUCUCAGGCCAUGUUUGGGACUGGUGCUUCUAGAAUCCUGUUUUCAGAGCGGUUGCUUCUUUUUAAGAAGUGUUUAACAAGUCUUUAAUUUUUGCAGAGUGGUAACGAUUUCUGCUUGUGCCCAAUCACAUCCAGCAUCAAUAGCUCUCCGUUAUGUGCAGCGUAGAAUACUGAUGAGUGACCCCAACUGGAACAAAGGCUUUUAUUAUGAUGGACCCUAUCCAAGACUUGGAAUGAAACAUGCUCGGUCAGUUAGGCUCAACCUAAAAUGUAAUGAUUUGAUUACUAGCUCAAUAGGCCAUUCAUUUCUCACCGACGUUAUAUUCCAUCUAGUUUUUCCUGUUUUAUUCAAAUUGUUUUAUCCCGCCGUUAUUUUAGUAAACAACUAUGGUCCUAAUUUUUCCAAGAAAACAAAAUUCUGAAGAAUUGUUUUAGUUGUAGUCAAGAGAGGGUCCUAUCAUCUCUUUGUUAGCCUGCAUAACAGGCGUUAUUUUUUCUCCUUUUUCAGGUGAGCUAAGGCAAGUGCGAAGCGAGUGAGGAGCGCCAGAGAUGUGAGAUGGCGGAGGGCGCGUGUGUGGAGCUCCUUGCUUGCUUUGCGCUUGCCUUCGCUCGCCUGAAAAAGGAGAAAAUUAACGCCUGUUAUGCAGGCUACUUUGUAGUAAAAUGAUGUCCUCUUGAAAGGUCUUGUUGCGUAACAAGGGUUCCCGUUUGACUACAUAUACAUGCUAACAUUUGGAAAGAGAGACAUUCAUUGCUCUCGCCCAGACCCUUGUAUCUAACUCUCACGGAAACUCUAGCAGCGUUAGUUAAGGCUCAGUUAACAAAGCUGAUUGAUGGAUUGUUUUUCAAUUAGAGAAGUGGCUACCAUUUCAUACCGCAGUGGACCUGAGUGGGAGCUGAGAUUUGGGCGGAAACGUAUUGAUGAUCCCCCUACAAUAUCACCAGAUCUCUGCCCUGAGUUUGAGAUUGAAAGUUAUCUCGACUAUCAGGUGCGACUUUUGUUACACGCUAAAACGAAAAAAAAAACUUACCGUAAGCUUAUGUAUGGUAUAAGAGGAAAACGACCCAACUCGUAACCUCUAAGGUGCGAUUGGGUACGUGCAAGAAUUCGCUAGAAAAACAACUCCAAAAAGAGGGCGCUUUUGUUCGUAUUUUACCCCUUAAUGAGCAUUUCCUUGAAUUACUUUUCAAAGUGCCACGCAGCUCACUGUUUUUUUUGGUGAAGAGUUCACCUGGCUAAUCAGUUGCAAACAUUCGCAUUUGUCGUCUCGUCGAAUUGUGGUAAUUCUGACGCGCAACGCUUUAAGCAACCUUAGUUAAUAAGGAAACCAGAGACGAGACGAAAAAGUGAUCGUAGGUAUAAGGUGAUGACGCAACUGAGUAUCUAACGACGAGCCGACCAAACUAGCAGGGGACAAAAUGACCUGAGGUCGAAGUAACGAGGCAAAAGAACAGUUCUUAAGGGGAGGCUAGUGAGGUGAUGCUUUUUCAAACUUUGCCACGCCGUUUGUGAGCGAAAGUCGCGGAAUUGGCUUAUAGUCCCAUUCCAGGUUUCACCGAGUGUUAUUAUGAUUUUGAUUAUAUCAUUGCACUUUUCAUAUAGCAUAUUGAUAAUACUGUCAAAUCCUGUGAAAUAUAUAGAGGAUAUUACACGGUGGGGCGAAGAUAUCUUCAAGCCGCCGUGUAAUGUUCUUUUUAUUAUAUAGACAAAAAGACAUCGAUAAAAUAAUAGAGGGAAAUUACCGAAAUUACGUCAUCGAUAAACUCACGUGUGAGAUUAUGGAAAAUAAACCACUCGGGUCCCGGAUGUAGUUUUUAUGAAUUUUACGAGUGGUAUAUUUUUCAGUAAAACACUCGUGUCCAUAUAAUAAAAGUAGUUUAGAGAAGGCUGCGUUGUCGUUGUCGUAUCUUCAGAAAGACGGUUGAGAAAAUCGAACUCAGUCGAUUUUUUAACCGAGAUUUACCGUUGGAAAUGUGUUUUUUCCAUGUUGGUUUUUUCUGCUUUUCCAGGGUGAUAGCUUUUGUCUCAAGUAUGAUCCCAACUCGCUGCUGUACAUAUCAAAGGUAACCAUUAUAGGCCACCGCGCCUCUCAUCCCUUCUUGUAAUGAGACACAUCCCUUUUGAGACACAUCUUAAUGUGACUGCAGUUUAAAGCAUGAUUUUUUCCUAAUUCACUUGACAGGCGAUGGACCUGUUUGACUUAGGAGAAGGCUUCAGUUCUCUCUCGGAAGGAGUGGCAAGAAUCCAGUGCCCGACGCUGGUAGGUACUGGACAGCGAGACACUUAAAAGACAUUUAAAAGGUUUUGCUUAAAGAAGUGGACGUUAUGUCUCCGUUUGGUGCUGAAGGAUGCUGGCCUAGCCUUGUUGUAUUUAACCAUUAGGCCACCUCACCUCCCAUUCUCUCCUUGUGAUGAGACACAUUUUAAUUUACUAAAGGAUCGGUGCCAGCCUAGCCUGUUUGAGCUCUACUUAGCGGACCACUUACCUGCUUCCAUAUCUGGUUUGUAUGACAGUGAGCGUGUACUUGCUUCAUAUAUUGCUUCAGAACAGGGUACCGGGACAUAGACCGAUUUAUCUUCAAGUGAUAAGCAUUUUUUCUCUACUUCGUUCCCAGGUUUUGGGAGUACAGUCUGAUGUUCUAUUUCCAGUUACACAGCAGAGAGAAUUGGAGACUCUUCUUAAGGAAGCUCGUAAGGAAGGAAUAAACAGUAAUUGUAACUUGAAGCAGGAUUUACUAUAAUUAUGUUAUACUCAACUAAAGGAAGAAGAUCUUUCAUUCAUUGCUUACAAUAUUCGUUGCUCUGGUAAAGUAAAAUGUCUGCAAGGAAGAGCUGAUACUAUAAAUGUUGAGAAAGUUUUUUGUCAGUGGAGAACCCAGGGUACGACUAAACUACCAUCUUAGUAGGAACAUGAGUCUUUGGCUUAGUAUUCGCGACGCCUUUCUGAGCACAAUUAUAUCUUGACUACUGUUUGGUAUUAGUGAGCUAUUGUAUAAAUCUUUAAGAUGGCUUAAGUGUCCGAGUGUCUCGAACACUACUUUCCUUCUUUCAGAUAACCAUGACGUGACAUAUUAUGAACUUCCUUCUAUUUAUGGUCAUGAUACAUUUCUACUUGAUGUCGUUGCAGUCGGAGCAGCAAUUAAGGUAAGUCACGUGGUUGAAUUAUAAGACACACUUUAAGACAUACACCGGCUCAACAAUGGACGAGAGCUCUUCUGUGCUUUUUAAGGGAGUUCUGUUUGGAAUAAUGCGCAAGUGUCUAUCUGGCCCUAACAGACCUUUAUGAGGCCUUAUAGCAAGAUUUGUUUGUUUGUUUUUUCUCAUUCCGACCAGACCACGUGAUGUAACAGUAAGUCUUGUCAAAAUGUUUGCGUUUAGGCAGUUUUCGAUAGGAUGGAGGUUUUUCUGAAAUUAAGCUCAGUUAUGUGGCCAGUUACCACUGCAGGAAUUUGGUUUAUUUAAAGGCCACAGAUUUACGUCUUUUCACUCCUUUUAUUUACUAUUAUUAGGGUCACAUCGAAACAGACCUGAAGAUUCACGGGGAACGCAAGCUUCCCUUCGUGAACAAGAAGAAAGAUUGA